AUGAAACUCACCCUCAUCGCCCUCGCGGCUGUAAUCGCAACAGUCUCCGCAACCGCCGCCGCUCCCAGCAAGCGGGAUGUUGAUGUUGAUGCUGAUGUUGAUGUCUACGAGAUUGUGAAGAGAGAUGAUGGAGCCAUCACCACUCCCGAUGAAGUUUUGGCGGAGGAAUUGGCGGCGAGUUUGGCGAGUGAGGAUGAGGAUUAUGAUGCUAAGCCCGAUGGUAUGACGGAGGAGGAGUAUGAGAUUGAUUUGGCCGCUAAGGAUGUGGAGGAUGGAGGGGUUUUGCCUUCUGAUUGA